UUAAUCAGACGAUUGGCUUCUAUGUUGGUUUUAGUGAGAUUCUCUGAGCUAUACAAUUUUUUCUUUUUUGAUCGGCAAAAAGAGCUAUACAGCUUAAUUUUAAGCCCAUCUAGGUAGGUCUCUGUGUGCGUGUUUGUUCUAUUUCAAGAAGAUUUUAACAGAACCCCUCCAAUCCACCUUUGGACCUUAUUGGGAUGCCUCCGUUUUAGUUUAUUGACAUAAAUAUUCAACUUCUCAAGGAAUGAGAAUGGCGUAAAUGAAUGCUCUGUCCCGUCGUUUUGUUUAGUGGAAACUCUUAGUAUAUUAUCAUUGUUGCAGCAUUGAUCUUGGGACAAACCUACUCAAUCUAUGCGAUAACAGAGAAGUAACAAUACCAUGAACCGAGACAUUGCACUAGCUCCUCGGCAAUGCGAUUCCCAAUUAUUUCCUCAGGCUGGAAGCUUCCCAAUUGGUUUUCGAGGAUCAAAGAAUCAUCAUCUGAUGGGAAAUGGCAAGAAGUGUUCGCCCAUUACCGGGAAAUGAAGAAAGCUGGAGUUCAAUUGACAGACCCUUCCCUGUUCCAUCCUAUUGUUAAAGCAUGCUCAUUCCUCCCCUUCAAACAUGGACAGUCUGUCCAUGCUUGUUUAAUUAAGCAGGGGUUAGAAUCAUUCCCUUCUAUGGGGAAUUCUAUCAUGGAUUUUUACGUGAAAUCUGGAGCCUUCCAUUCUGCACGGCACGUUUUUGAUAGCAUGAGGAGCAGAGAAUCAGUAUCAUGGAAUAUAAUGAUUCAUGGUCAACUUCAUCGCGGUGCUCUUGAGGAAGGUUUGUGGUUGUUUAUGCAAGGCAGGAAUGAUGGAUUUGAGUCCAACACUGCUACCUUGGUGCUCGUAAUUCAUGCGUGUCGGAGUCUCAGGGCUACUCAUGAAGGACUGAAAAUGCAUGGUUUUGUAAUCAUAAGAGGUUUUUGGGCUAUUGUUUCAGUUCAGAAUUCUCUUUUGAGUUUUUAUUCUGACAUUGAAAUAGAGAUUGCGCACAAGCUGUUUGAUGAAAUGUGUGGAAGAGAUUUGAUUUCUUGGAGCGUUAUGAUUGGGGGCUAUGUGCAAUCUGGGGAAGCUGUGGUUGCUUUCAUGUUGUUCCGUAAGAUGGUAUGCAAUAAUGAAAUUGUAAUGGAUGGGCAAAUAAUGGUAAAUGUAAUCAAGGCCUGCAUUCACAUGGGGAAAGUUAGCAUUGCAAGGUUAGUCCAUGGGUUUGUGAUCUGUAGAGGUUUGGGUUACGAUGUAUUUGUUGCAGGCUCUUUAGUGGAUAUGUAUGCAAAGUGCGAUGAUAUAGAAUCUGCAUCAAAAGUAUUCAGGGAGAUGCCUAUGAGGAAUAAUGUUUCGUGGAACUCUCUCUUAGCCGGAUUUAUCAGUAAUGAGAAGUAUUCAGAAGCUCUAUCGCUGUUUGAUUCGAUGUCUAAGGAAGGAAUUGAGGCUGAUGAGGUGACUCUGGUGAAUCUUCUUCAAACAUGCAAACAUUUUUGUGAUCCAAUUCACUGCAAGUGCAUUCAUUCUGUAAUAAUCCGGCGGGGUUAUGAAGUGAAUGAUUUAGUCCUAAGUUCUUUGAUUGAUGCCUAUGCAAAAGGUAAUCUCAUUACAUUUGCAUGGAACGUAUUCCAUCAGGCGAAGAGAAGAGAUACAGUCACUUGGAGCACGAUGAUUGCAGGAUUCACCCAUUGUGGCAUGCCCGAUGAAGCCAUUGCCAUAUUCCAAGAGAUGAACGAAACACAAAACAAGCCCAAUGCCAUUACUGUGCUAAAUCUUCUUGAGGCUUGCUCCGUUUCUGCUGAACUGAAAAGAUCAAAAUCGGCUCACGCCGUUGCAAUCCGUAGAGGCUUGGCACCAGAUGUAGCUGUUGGAACUGCAAUUCUGGACAUGUACUCUAAAUGCGGGGCAAUAGAAUCCUCAGAAAGGGUGUUCGAACAGCUACCCCAGUCAAACAUUAUAUCAUGGGGUGCCAUGAUUGCAGCAUAUGGUAUGAAUGGCCUUCCGCAUUCUGCCCUAGCUUUGUUUCACGAAUUGAAAACCCACGGAUUGAAGCCAAACCCAGUAACAACUCUCUCGGUAUUAUCCGCAUGCAGCCACGGGGGAUUGAUCGAGGAGGGACUUUUAUUUUUUGAUGAGUUGGUUAAAGAUGACGUGGGUCAGCUGAGGUUAGAACAUUACUCAUGCGUUGUGGACUUGUUGGCUAGGGGUGGGAAGCUUGACAUUGCGAUGGAGUUGAUAAAGAAAAUGGCUGUUAGUGGUCCAAACCCAGGUGCAAGUGCUUGGGGGGCGUUGUUGAGUGGAUGUAGGAGUCAUGGGAAUAGGGAGCUUGGUUCAGAUGCUGUUUCUAGAGUUGUUGAGUUGGAGCCGUGUAGCUCGGCGGGAUAUUUGCUUGCAUUGAGCAUGUAUGCGGCUGGUGGGCGGUGGAGUGACGCGGCAAGGAUGAGGUGGCUGGUGAAGGAGAGAGGGGUGAGGAUGGUGACCGGCUAUAGUUUGGUGCAUGUUAGCAGUAAUAACAAGGCGUUUAAGUUUGUUGCGGGGGAUAACAAUAAUAAGCAUUAUCCAUUUUCCGGUGAGCUCUGCCUUGUAAGUGAGCAGCUGCAUUCGUGUAUGAAGUUUGACGACACCCACAUUCACAUAUGACAUGAGGCUGUGUUUUCAUACGCCUCGCCUAGUCAUGGGAAUCGCCUCUUUUUCUUUCGGUCCAACUUAUUUUAUUUUAUUUUAUUAUAUCAAGAUGCUUAUCGUUUUCAAAUCAUAAAUUUAGAGAGGGAAAAAAAAUGAAAAAAUAAGUCAUACAAGU